AUGGCAGAGACUCCCCGAUCCGAGAGGUCGCAGACCAGAUUCAGCACUCCUGUGUCUGACCUUGACGACCACCGCCACCAACAGGAAUCGCUACCACGCGCCAACGGACAAGGAUCACGAAGAGGCACUCUUGCAAGCAUUGCAGAUCGCCCAGAUAUCGCAGCUCUGGCUGCAGCUCAACUCGAACUCGGACACGGAAUGAUCGCUCGCGACUUUGAGAACGCCGUUGUCGACGACGAAGACGAUCACAGCAUUCGUUCCGUUCAUGAGACACCCAAAUGGCGACGCAACUCCAUCAGCCCUAACGUAGGAAGAAGAGGCACCGUUCGUCUUCCUCCACCCGCCAUAGAGACCAAGUCGAGGAGCCGUGAGUCUUCUAGUUCGAGAUCGACCUCUCCUCCGAACUCGGUCGACGCCUUUGCAAACCCCCAGAGACGUCGCCGAGGCGACACCAUCACUAGUGAUGUCCCUCCCUUUACCAACUUGAACCUUACAAGAACCAUCUCUGGUGCCUCUCAUCAUCGCCGACCAACCUUUGACGAUGCCAAGUCGACUCACACCGCUCAAUCGCGCCACAGCUCUGUUCAAGACGACGUCUGCUUUCCUGCUGAGCGCGAUCAGAGCAAGACCUAUCUCAUUGACUUUGAGGAGCUUGAGGAGUUUGUCGCGGAGUCGCACGAGAAGACUCCCGUCUCUCACCCUUUCCAGCCACCUUUCGGCAAACAGAAGCCCAGCGAGCCCAAGGUAUUCCACGACCUUCGCACUUGCAAGACCAAUGCAAGCGAUAGCGAUGUCGUGGAUGACAAACAAGUCGUAGACCAUGAGAAGAAGCCGGAUCUCCCCGAGCAUGAACUUGAGCGCGUUGCAUCUCACACAGAGUACUUCAACAGAUUCACCUUCUUCUCCUCUGAGAUCGAUGAGACUAUCCACGCCCCUGAGCUGGGCGGUCUUCUCAUGCCUGGCGAGUCAUUCAGAGACUUGUUCGAGCUUGGUCCUGACGGUGGUGUCUGGUGGCUUGACAUGCUCAACCCCUCUGAGGAAGAAGUCACCGCCAUCUGCAAAGCGUUUGGCGUCCACCCUUUGACUCGCGAGGAUAUUACCACCCAAGAGACACGCGAGAAGGUUGAGCUGUUCAGAUCAUACUACUUUGUCUGUUUCCGUUCCUUCUACCAGGAGGACAAGGAAAGCGAGGACUUCAUGGAACCUAUCAAUGUUUACACCGUCGUCUUCCGCGAGGGCCUGCUGACCUUCACCUUCUGCAACAACCCGCAUGCUGCUAACGUCCGCAAGCGUAUUGGCCGUCUUCGAGACUACGUUAACCUCAGUGCUGACUGGAUUUGCUACGCUCUGAUUGAUGAUAUCGUUGAUGCUUUCGGACCUGUUCUGCGUGAUGUUGAACACGAGGCUGAUGCCAUUGAGGACAACGUCUUCACUGCGCGAUUCGAAGACUCGCGUGCCAUUCUGCGACAGAUCGGUACCUGCCGAAAGAAGGUCAUGUCUCUGUUGCGCUUGCUUGGUGGCAAGGCAGAUGUCAUCAAGGGCUUUGCAAAACGUUGCAACGAGCAGUACAGCAUGGCACCUCGUGGUGAUGUUGGUCUGUAUCUCUCUGACGUUCAAGACCACGUCGUGACUAUGAUGAGCAACUUGUCCCAUUUCGAAAAGAUCCUCUCACGUAGUCACUCCAACUACCUCGCUCAGAUCUCUGUCGACAACAUUGCCCAAGGCAACAAGGCCAACUCGUUGCUCUCCAGAGUUACUGUCCUGGCCACUAUUUUGGUCCCUCUCAACCUGGUUACUGGCCUUUUCGGUAUGAACGUUCGUGUUCCUGGUAUGGAUGGCAACAACCUCGCUUGGUGGUUUGGAAUUCUGGGCUUCAUGCUCAUUUUUAUUGCAGCCUGCCUCCUUACUGCAUGGAAGAUUGGCUUGCUCGAGGAUGUCGUUCCCGAACGCGAGGAAGAACUGUAA